CUCUCCCAAAAGAACUCUUCUGAAUGGUGCGCAGUGAAGGAGACAACCCAAAAAGCAGUACUAUUCGCCUUCCGAUAAACAAGAGUGGCUUGGAAAGCUAUGAGGUCUCCCACGAGCUCACACAUAUUUCGUAAUAGCAGGUGCUUGUCAACACGACUGUAUCUAUCUUGAAUCCAACCGAUCACUUGAAGGGAAAGAGUUGAGAGGAGUCUCAUUUUGAUCAAAAGACUUGGUUCGUUCGUAUUUCCUUGGUCUUAAUAUAUAAAAAGACAAACAAUCUAUAGAUUGCUAUCAUUCUUAUAAGGUAUUAUUGUACCAAACAACUUAUCUAUCAAACUCAGCUUAGAUGGUAUUCAAAUUGCACUCAUAAGAGAGAGAGAGAGAGAGAGAGAGAGAGAGAGAGAGAGAGAGAGAGAGAGAGAGAGAGAGUUUUAUUGCUGGGUAAGUUUCCUUCCUAUUUCUCGUUGCACCCUUUAAAACUUAUAUGCCUAACAAGCAUACAAGCCUAAAGUAACCGUAAACCAGGUCAUCUUUCCAUACUCGGAGGAGGGCAUUUAACCCUCAUCAUCUACUAUGUCUUGCUUUCCCUUGCUUGUAGUCCAACCAUCUCUUUUUAAAACAGCACCAAACAUCAAUAGCCAAUCCCAAGCCUGACCCUCUCUCCCAUGGAAUCACUCGGAGCCACCACCCACUCUGAGGCCACUUCAAGCAUCUCAAGCAAGGAAGCCAUCAUGGUAAAGGCAAACGAGGAGGAGGGAGGAGCAGGAGGAGGAGGAGGAGAACAGCCAGCAUGCAAUGAAAUCUUAUUAGAUCUCAGCUUGUCCAAUAAAGACUCCGACGAUGGCACCUCGUCGUCAGCCCAGCCUGUGCUGGAGCUCGACCUCAUCGGAUCAUUAGGCGCCGCCGCCGGCCCGACCGCCAUCGAGGCCCGACCGCCGGAGCCCCCGGAGUCAAAGCAGAGGGUGUUCUCGUGCAACUACUGCCGGAGGAAGUUCUACAGCUCGCAGGCGCUCGGCGGGCACCAGAACGCCCACAAGCGCGAGCGGUCCCUCACCAAGCGGGGUCCCCGGCCAGGCCUUGGCCUCGCCGACCACCCCGUGCGCUUCUCUCCACCGAACAUGGCGGCGCUGCCGCGGCAUGGGGCGUUUGGCGGGAGGCCGUUGGGAAUUCAGGUGCACUCCAUGGUCCACAAACCCUACUUUGGGGCGGCACCUUCCAUGGCCGGGGGAGUGCUAAAUGGGCGGCAUGGGUGGUGCCGGCCGGCGGCGCCGAUCAUCGAUCAGCGGCCAGCUGUUGGGAGGUUACGGAUGGAGGACUUCUGGGCCGCUCCUUCUGCAAGGUUCGAUGAGCCCGGGGUGGCGGCCGGAGGAUACCGGUGGGGUGGUGGAAAUCAAUUGAGUGCUGGGAAAGAGGAGGUCCAGAAGCUCGACUUGUCUCUCAAGCUUUAGAGUAAAUAAUAGUUGUAGCAGCUUUAGAUUUUUGAUCUCUGGAAUUGGCUGCAGAUUUUUCUCUGCUUUGGUCCUCCUCUUGCUAUCGCUGAGAAAUUGUUCAUAUGGAUCGGUAGUUCAGGAGAU